CGCCGGCUUCCUUACUUUAUAAAUUAGAAAUAUUAAAGAAUUUCAAAUAGAAUAUUAAAUUAACUAACUUAGAAGGAAUCAUGCUGAAGCUAAAAUUGGAAGCAUUGGGCCAUCCCACGCCAGCCGACGUGUCUUUAAACAAUCGCAAGGAAUUUGCUAGCACAAUUCUCUGGCUGGAGGAUCAGAAGAUCCGACUAUAUACAAUCGAGGACCGAGAAAAGCUGCGCAAUUUGGACAACCCCAAAAUGUGGGAAGAGGGGUACUUGAAAUACAAGGCUGAUUUGAACAUGCCCUGUUUGGAGUCCCAGCAGGAGGAGCUGGCCUGGAUUCUGAGUCACGCUGUGCGUCUUGAGUUCCUCGACGAUCCAGAGCAGUUUGCCUCUAUAAACAGCCAACAGCAAUCGGUCCAAACCAAUGGCAAGCAGACCCAGCAAAAGGUGCAAUCAAUUUUCGAAGGAAAAAUCAAUGUUCAGGACAAGGCGUUUAUCGAUGGUGUUCGGCUGCUGGCCAGCAAACUAAACGUCCCCCAUCAUCCCAACCAUCUGCUGCAGUUGGAGGCUGUGGCGCGGAUAGUCCACGAACGCCUCUCACCUGACGCUAGGGGUCGGAAGCCAAUUGUGGGGACACCAUUUCCGUUUGAUAAGGGAAACGACAUAGUCUCAUCCAACGAUCCUGCCCUGGACCUGCCCAUGCGUAUCCUGCGACUGCUCCAGAUCCAGAGCCUUCGACAACUGCAGACUCACAUUAACGAGACCAUCGUGGCAGUUCAGAACAUAACAGCCAAUCCAAAGACUGACACCAAGCUCGGCAAAGUGGGCCGAUAGUGCUCGAAUAACCGGACUAGCUAGGCGACAAAAUUUUUUAAACUUUUUUUUUUAAUUCAGAGAAAUUAAAUUGCUAAUCUCAUGAGAGGAC